AUGCUAGCAUGGAAAAAGAAUGAUAUAUUUGAAGAGUUAAAAGGCUUAGUGGUAUUUGUGAAGCGUGCGUUAACAACAAAAAAUAAAUACGACAGGGGAGAUCUUGUAGUGGAGGUCGGACAGACUCACGAGAAAGAGCGCAUUUCAAUUUUCGGCUGGAACGAGCAGGCAUCGAAAUUGGAGACAGCAAAUAUUAAUGAUAUAGUGGUGUUAAAAAACUUGAUCGUUGUACCUGAGGACAAUGAAAGAGUAAACUGGGCAGGAUCGAUAGAUUUCAAAUUAAAAUUUUCAAAAAGCUCAACUUUAACAAUUGUAGAACAAGGGCAAAUUGCGGCGUCUCAGCAGACUACAAAUAUGAUAGGUAGUUAA